GCAUCACAUUCAGAGAUCUCUCGCUCCACUAAUCAGAUAAUAUCCUGUUCUCCUUCUCCCGUACUCUUUUGUCCCCCACCUUGUUUCCUCCUUUUCCCUCAACAAUGGCUGAAACCGAACCUGCCGUCGUUGCCGCUGUACCUGCCGCCGAGGCCAAAUCGAAGGCGAAGAAGCCGGCCGUGAAGAAGCCCAGAGCGGCUCGGAACUACCCGUCCUUCGAAGAGCAGAUGAUCAGCGAUGCGAUUGUGGCUCUGAAAGAGAGGACUGGAUCUAGCCAGAUCGCAAUCACUAAGUACAUCGAGGACAAGCACAAGAAUCUGCCUCCCAAUUUUAGAAAGAUGCUGCUGUUUCAAUUGAAGAGGCUGGUCGCCGCGGAGAAGCUUGUCAAAGUGAAGGCCUCGUUCAAGCUCCCUUCUGGUCGCUCCGCUUCGCCCCCCCUUGCCGCUGCAGUUGCGAAGAAACCUGCCGCCGCUGCCGCAAAGCCUAAAGCCGCAGCAGCGAAGCCAAAAGCCGCUACCACCAAGGUUGCGGUGAAGCCGAAGGCGAAAACCGCAGCCAAGCCGAAGCCUAAAGCCGCCGCGAAGCCCACCGCAGCCGCAGCUAAGCCAGCAGCGAAGGUGCAACCAAAGAGGAAGGCAACGGCGCCCGCGGCGAAGCCGGUUGCGAAGAAGGCGAAAUUAGCCAAGGCAGUCUCUCCAGGGAAGAAGAAGGCCGCACCGAAGCCGAAGAAGGCAGCGCCGAAGCCGAAGAGCGUGAAAUCUCCGAUUAAGAAAGCUGCUGGCACAAAGAGGACUAGGAAGUGAAGAAUCGUUUAGUAGUAUUAUUAUGUUAUAAGUGGAUGAAAGUAGCUAUCUCUGCAACAGUAGGAUAAAUUAGGGAUUGUAAAUUGAGGGUUUGUUUUCUUUUUAAUCACUUGAUUGUAAUCCAUGAGUGCUUUGUUACUGUUUUCUAGACUGGUUCGUUUUUUCUUUCGUCUCCCUCUGUCAACCCGGAAUCUGUUCCUUGUAACUUGUAAUCGACGAAGAAUUUCUCUAGAUUAAUCCGUGUGGUAGUAUUGACCGUCAAUUCUCUUAUUUUGACCUAGGGUCAAAUUCAAAUUUGGUUUGGUCUUUCUUGAUAUUUCAAUUCGUUGACUGGCUUUUGAAGUUGGGC